CGGAUUAACAGUUUCGAAGUGGGCGAUUGUCGACGGUUUCCAAGUGCCCGGAUGUACGAGUAAAAAACCGAGUAGCCGCCAUUUGUAAUAGUUAGUCAUCCGGGAAGUCUUUGUGUUUCGUUAUUAGAGCGUAGUAAAUGUAAAAAUAACUUACAGAAUGGAUGAUUUAAGUGACAUGACCUUGGAGACGUUUAGGUUAUGGUCAAUUCAUGCAUUGAAAGUGUUUCUCUCAAGAAGAAAUCGACCAGUGACAGGAUCAUUUGAUGAACUUGCUGCGAGAGCCUUUUGUGUUUGGGAAGAGAAAUUGCCGGUGGACGACAAGGCUGAGCAAAUUGAAUUGCGGUUGCUCCAGGAAUAUAAGAAAAAACUCAUCUUGUCCGAUGGAGAUGUCAUACCAGACCCAUUCACACUCACUACAGGAUGGAAAGGUGAAAAGUCUGGAAUUUCAAUGUGGCCUUCCAUAUACAUUACUGACAUUUCAGCAUACUUGAAUUACUCAACACCACAAGAUGUGAUAAAUAGACUUCUAAAUGAAUACAAGGAAGGCAAAGCUUACCGUUACUUUGAGAGCAAGUGGGUGCAGGAAGUGUUUGUACAUGAUAUACGCCCAAACAGUGACAAGUGUGUGUUGAAAUGUAAAGUUACUCCAUCACAAUCUUUGAACAAUAAAGCCUAUGAUGCGUGGGCUGUAGUGAAAAAAGAUGGAGCAAAUGGACCUGGCGGUGAAAUCAUCUCUGCAUAUUGCUCGUGCACAGCUGGUAUGCUUGGUGCGUGCAACCAUGUCGCUGGACUGCUGUUUAGAGUUGAAUAUGCGGUAAAGACUGGUGCUACGCAAACAUCGUCAACCAGCAAACUGUCCACAUGGAAUGUGCCAAAAAAGAAACCGGACUUAAAACCAAUGAAAGUAAAGGAUGUAGUAUGGACGAAAGGGAAAUAUUCGAAAGGACCAACGGAACAAAGCUCGGCUAACUACAAGCACGAAAUGAAGAAAAACUUCACACCGCUGAACAAACGGCAACUAGAAAUAGUAAACAAUCAGCAGGACAUUAGAAAGGACCUGUAUGACAUAAUAAAAGAUGAAGUAAAGGAUUCUUGCUUUGUGCUUCUACAGGAAAACAGAAGAAUCGCGGUGCCAAAAGCAAAUUUACCAGCUUCUGUGAUGCAGGUUGCAGAGCUGGUGAAAAAUAGUGGAAGUGACAACAUGUCAAAUGUCAUGAUGGACAAACUCCAACUGACGGAGCAAGACUGCGAGGCAUUGAAAAAUGAAACCACUGCCCAGUCAUUUUCAGAUGUUUGGAAAGAGCAAAGGAAAGGCAGACUAACUGCAAGUAUAUUUCAAAGGAUCAGUACUCGUGUUGACACUCUGAGAAAAGACCCUUCUGCAGAUCCUUCAGCGCUGCUGAAGACAGUCUUGGGCAAGGCUGAAGUUAAACAAACCAGUGCCAUGAAACACGGAAUAGCCUUAGAGCCAGUUGCCAAGAAAGCAUACGUGACCCUUAUGAAAAGCAAGCAUAAGAGGUUUAAAUCUAAGGACUCUGGACUUGCGGUGUUACAAAGUAAGCCAUUUAUUGCUGCCAGUGCAGAUCUGGAAACGGAUUGUGAAUGCUGUGGCAAGGGGCUUUGUGAGAUAAAAUGUCCUGAAUCAAUAAAGAACACAUCCCCAUCUGCUGACAAUUUAAAGUAUUUGAAAUUGGAAAAUGGUACUCUAUCAUUGGACACAAAUCAUCCAUACUAUUCACAAAUACAAGGCCAGAUGAAAAUCCUGGAUCGAAAACACUGUGACUUGUUUGUAUUUACUUACCAUGGCCAUGAGUGUAUCAGAGUACCAUUUGAUGAACAAUUUUGGCUGAUUAUUGAAGAGAAGUUAGUUUGGUUUUGGAACAAUUUUGUGUUAAAGGCACUCUUAUCCAGUGUUACAGAUGAAAUUGACACAGAAAACCAGAUGCCAACAAGCCAGGUUUCAUCCGUUGAGGUAAGUGGGCAGCUUGACAUGGACAGCAAGGCACAGAUACAUGUAGCAUGUAGAAAAGCCCUGGAGCCAGUUUUGGAAAGUAAUACCAGUGCAUCUAACAUUCCAACUGCUCCGCGAAAGCGUAGGAGAUUGUGCAUCAAAAAGACUCGUGCCGCUGUCUACCUUUGUGGUGUAUGUGGACUGGACUGUAUUGAUAAACCAAUGUGUGACUCAGAGAAUUCUGUAAAUUGUGAUGCAUGUGGAGCUUGGGUGCAUUAUGUAUGUGCCAAUGUUACAGAUGUACUGUUGGUUAAUGUCGACAAAUGGUUUUGCCCAAGAUGCAAAUAGAACAUGUAAAUAUGUGUGUAUAAUGUAAAUAACACAGCCCAACAGGGCUCACCCUGGUUCAUUAUUGUCAAAAUUUUAAUUUACACUGGAAAUACCUACAUUUUUGGUUAUUGUAUGAAUAUUAAUACUCACAAAAUUGUUACCAAAUAGAAUUUUCUUUAACCAAAUCUAAGCCUUUGGCAAACUUGGCAAAAGGCAGAGUAAGCUCUGCAAAUAAAAUGAAGAAGGCAGUGAUACAAUGUCAUGCGCAAUUGACGCUACACUAGUAAGCCUUUGGGUCCUCAAUGAGUACAUUGUUGUUGUUGUUAUUUUCAAUUUUUUUUUAUUACGUUGUAUGUGUUAUUUGCAUUUCGAUGAGUACCACAGCAUUAAACUGUUAAACAUG